GCUGUCUGAAAAGCGACAUGUUACCAUAGAAACGACGAAAAGAAACACGGGAGCUUGCUGUCGCAGUGAAACACAUUUAAAAAACAUUAGGAGGAAGAGAAAAACUUUAAGAUUAUCAUCCACCCAGACAGCAAAGGCAUGUUUUCCAAAACGAGCUGCGAGCGGCCACUUUGUCCCGGUAACAGGAAACCGACUGUCGGAGACUCGAUGUCAGGAAGAGACCUUUUAUCGGCGCAGAUUGAACUGAGGCAGAAGGAGAGAGAGGUGGAGCAGCUGAGGAAGAAGUUCCAGGAGAAGAAACAGUAUUUGGUUUAUUUACGUCAGCGUAUGGAAGAGCUGCAAAAAAACGCAAAAGAAGCACGUGAGCAACGCUUCAAAUUACAAAUGUUUUUUAAGGAUGAAGAAACAGAAGCUGACAGGGAGAUGGCUGAGAAGGAGAUGAAGGAGGCGCUGGAAAAGGAGAUGGAAAUACAGAAGCUGAAAGAGGAGUGUGUUCUGCUGAAGAAGAGGACACAGGAGGUGCAGCUUCAGACCCUCAAAUAUUCACAAUACAAGGACUUCAUGGAGCGUGUCCUCAAACUAACAAAGUUCGAGGACGUGGAUGCGUUUGCAGGUUAUUUCGAGAGCCUCCUUCACAUCCGGAACCAACUGUAUGAGAGAGAGACUCAGGUGCAGGAACAAAUGGAGCAGCAGAAGAAACACUUGCAGAUCCUGAAGGACCAGCACAGCCUGCUGUGGCUGCAUAAGAACAACCAGCUGUCACAGCUUAAGAAAGAGCUGGAAAGGGCCUGCUCUGAAGUUCUGAUAUGGGAAAAGCAGUGGAACCAAAUUCAGGAAACGGCUGCAAAUAAAACGCUGGACCUGGGCAAGAUUAAGAUGGCGACCCUUAAUCUGUACGAAACUACCGUUGGGGAGGUCAGCAGAGGAGAAGCUGUGCAUAUUAAUGACACAGAAGCGCAGCUGGAGCACAUCAAGGACUUCAUCCUGGACCAUACAGACAUUGUGAAACAGUAUCAGACAUAUUUACAAAGAGAAGCCAAAGAAAACAAACAUUAACCAACACAAAAUAUUUAGCACUAACAUCUUUAAAGCCUGUUUGGAUUCUUUAUCUUAUCUUAUCCCUGUUUUAUCUGUUUCUGUUGCCAUAACACAUAAAUCUUGAUGUAAUUCCAUAAAUUGUAUGGUUACUCAACUCAGGAUUUGGGUUUCACCCCCCUAUGUAAGGCUUGGACCGCCCUGAGAGAGGUAAAAAUAAAGUCAUGGGAAAACUAA